CAUGGCGGACACGAAGACAUAACAUAAAACAACUUUUUGGUUUCCUGGCGGUAAGCUAGACGUCAAUCCGAUCUUCCUAAUGAUAGUGUCCAUACUCCCCUGAUGCCUACAUCAUUAUGGAUGGUAACGAAGACACUUUACCCAGCUAUGAGGGUAAAGCUUCCCAAGUAUUCCUUCUUAUGGGACAAGAAUACCGCAUCUCAAGAAGUAUCCGGGCACAGUGGUUUUUCCAGCAGGUCAACUCUGUUCUCCCUCAACCAAAACCCAAAGAUGAAUUGAUAGCAUCAAAUAAAGAACUAGAAAUUCUGUCUGUUCUCUCAAAUAACAAUACUGCACCUGCUCAACAACUUUAUCUUCUGCCGUCAACUCACAUCACCUUCAUUGGCAGGAAAUAUCGAUUUGUGUUCUGUCUGGACAUCAGCCCAUCCUUGGCUAUUGUGGACAUCCAGUCUGGUAGUGUUAUAACUGAUGAAGCAUUUCUAAAAUUCAAGAACUGUUUGUUAGGACUUGUUGCACCUUUCUCAGUUCCUGGCAAUGAUGUCAUCCUGCGUCCUGAGUUGUAUAUAACUGUGUUGGCGUAUACUUCAAUUCUAAGCCCAGAAACACCACAGAUUCUCAUUCAGGGUGUCCUAGUAACAGAAGACAAUGUAGAUAUGGUUCUAGAAACAGUUGGAUCCAAACUAACCAAACUAGAGAACACACUUGCAGACACCAUAGCAUCAACUCAAAAGGCAAAGGGAAAAACACAAAAAACUGGCAGUGAAUCGGAAAAUGAUCAGACAGAUGCAGUGACACUCUUGUCACCAGAAGCUGGACCAAUAGCAAUGCUUCGUAGUGCAAUUCUGGCAUUGCAGUUAUUGCCAGAUAAUGCAAGUGCAGGUGCCGUAGUGAUAACAGAUGGUGUUUUUGCACUGCCUGAUGCAUCAGCUGUUGAUUCAUUGCUGGCGCAGCUAAGAGGAAGCACAGUGUGCUGUACAUUUCUUAAAGUUGGCAGUGGUUUUCAUGCACAUUGCAGCAUUGGUUACAUACCUCACUGUGAUCUGAUGCAGUUUAUUGCUAUGGCAACAUCAGGGGCGUACCUAGCAAAUACUCCUCCGGUUGUCAAGGACACUGUUCAAGAUGAAUCCAAAGGUCUGCCAGCUAUGAAUCUUUACCACAAAUCUUUACUUUGCUGGAGUUUUCAAAGAGAUUACGACUUGAGCAAGAUCGAGUCAUGGAUAGGAGAUGCAAUGGAUCUCAAUAAGGAUGAUUUGGCCUGGCCACUGCUAAACACACGUUCGACAUUCUCUUAUGCGUUAAGUGAAUGGGAGAGAAAUGCCAUGCAGCCAUCCAUGCACAAGAAACAAAUGGAAACAAAACUACACACAAGUAUUACCAGUGUCCUUAGUGUGCGUCUGCGUGAAGGGUACUCUGUCCAGGAAGUAGUUAUAACAAAAGGUGGAAAACAACUUGAAGUAACAUUAACAUUGCCAUGGAAACAGCAUGUUCAAAUUCAAUAUGUGGCUGUCGCUGCAUGGCCAUUGAGCAAAUCCAACCGUAUGACACAUGUUGAGGUGACAAUUACAGCACCAUAUGAGUUCCUGCAUGAUGUGUCGUAUCUGAGUAAAGAGUCCAUUACUAGUUCAUACAGGGCAAUGGUUGUGAAGAAAUUUCGUCAAACUAUGAAAAAUAUUCAAAGUACAGAUGAAUUACUAACUCAUCUCCAGUCCUUCUCAUCCAAUCCAAGUUACUAUACAAUACCAGACAGCGCUAGGAAUGGUGUACCAUUGUUCUAUCUGCCUCCAAACUCUAGCAAUCCUGUUUUAUCACUCCAGCAUGAAAGGAAAAUUUCCAAGUCACAAGAAUCACAGUUUGCAGUGUUUUGGAAACCUGUCCUCACCCUGGACACCACUGUCUGGCAAAGAUGGAUGCAUUGCCAUAGAAUUGGACUACUACUAGAACAUGACAUCCCACUACCUAAGAACAUGCAUCUCGCAGUUGGCAGUGAUUUCUUUCAUUCCAUUCAGUGCCGCAUGGCUCUGAGCUCUCUUAAUUCAUUAUUACGAAGCAUGAGCUCAUUUGUCCUUUUGGAAAACCAUUCGUACAUAAAGUUUAUUGAAGGAGAAAAUGCUGACAGUCCACCUUUGUCAUUCUGUUUAAUCCGUGUGUCAUCAAGGCCUCCAUGUAUUGUUAUUAGACUUGCUUUUCUUGGAGGAACUCCUGGUCACACUAGACAUGCAAUAACAAAGGAGUUAAGAUCCAACCUCAUCAAAGUUAAAGCACCAAUUGGACCAGUCAGCAAACUCUCAAAGCUUCAGCAAGAUAACAAAGGAAAGAGUAAAAGCAAAAAGAAAGGCAGCCAAAGACUUGCAGAAGAUAAACCUUGUGUACUGUUACUGAAGAAACCUCUAGAGCGCAUCCUUGUCAGAUAUGACCGUGUCCCAGAGGAUUUGUACUUCCCUUAUCCAGAGGCAUUAUUGUAUUCAGUAUACAGCACUAACACAGGGUUACAGUAUGCCAACCGUACCCAAGAAAACCACAUGAAAGUUUUAUGUCAUUAUAUGUUCCAUCAGCGCUGGAUUUGGUCAGUCCAGGAAGAUGGGCCAAGACAUAUUAACACGGAAGUAGUUGCUAGGGUUUUGAAUACUCUUACAAAGCUCCGUUUACAAGAAAAGUUCAAUUUUGCCAGCAAUAAUGCUGGAAUUGUUACAAUGGCAAAAGAGGUUGAGAUGCUGGACAAAACCAGCAAGAGUGGCAAGACCUACUCUUGUAUAGUUCAAUAUGUGAUGUUUCCACCAUACAGUAAGCCAGCUGGAGAUGCUGUGAAAGAUUGGGUAGAUGGUGGCCAGGCUCCCUCACAAGACACGGGUGGCAACCUUCAAAUGGUAACAGAGGUCUGGAUCGAGCCCCAAUUUGGUGUAAUUGAUUGUAAAGAAAAGUCUUUGCAGUAUCUGGACGGACUUCAAUAUUAUGAAGUUCCUCAGGCGAUCUUUGAAGCAGACUACAAGUACGUUUCUGCUUUUUUGACGUUUGAGAGAUUGUGGUGUAUGUGUGAUGACCAGGUAAUUUCAGCACCAUCCUGGACAGAUUCACCACUUCCUGGCAGAAUUUCUCCUUCACCAGACAGGAACUGGACGGUUGAGAGUGUACUGUAUCCAUUUGAUCCUAUAUUGAUUUUACCAAAGACGCGUCAAGUUGAAAUGGUGUUUUCAUCAGUCAAAGAAGCAACUGGUCAAGAUUCCAGCAUCCAAGGAGAAAUGCCAAAUGAAGCUCUCUUCAAGUUGCUAAUUGACGACAUGAGUCAUCUUCAUGAACGUGAAAUCAAAAUGUCCGAGAAAAACUGUCAAGAUUUAGUUCAACACAUUCUACAACGAGAGAGAAGUGGGAUACCUGUGCCUUUUAUUGAUGCCUUAAACUCAACAAAAACAUCUUCUGUUGAUUCAAGUAACAGUGCUGGUGAAGGCUCUAAUCUGGACAAUACACCAUUGAUCAAGUGGAGGUGUUUUGUGCGUUCAGUCCAGGGACUUGCUGGUAAUUGCCGUCUGAUGUUAACUUUCAUCCCUGCAAGUUUAAAAUAUGUCAAGUUAUUUGGAAAGAAAGUCAGCCAUUGUCGUGAUAACAAAACAAUAUUUAGAGAGAAAGAUAGCAAUACAUUAGAGAAAGUCAGAGAUGCCUUGACAAAGAGAGCAUUGACACCUAUCAUGGAAGACACAGAAAAAAUCAGCUUAACAAGCCAAGAAUCUUCCCAAGACAGCCCACCUCUGAGUCAAUUUGCUAGUUUAGACAAACAUCGUCCAGCAAGUCUUAUAAUGCCUCCUGUUUUAACUUCACCCACUGAAUUAGAAAACCAGAAGUUCAAUUCCCAAGGUUCCACAGAUAAAACUCCAGAGGAGACCACCAGCAGAUGUGUUCAGUUCAAAGAUCAUGACAACAACCCCACCCCUACUAAGGAGAAUUUGUCUCCUUUAACACAAAGCACUCCAAAUAUGGAAAAUGACGGGUGGUUCUCAUACACUAUACCUGUGUAUUGUUAUGACUGCCCUUUGUAUAAUCUAACACAUGUAGAUGAAAAAUAUGAAUCUGGACAAAGGACUGAGGAAUACCGGAAGCGCGAAGAUAUCUUCCAGGACUUCACUCAUACAUCUCAAGUAUUUGUUGACCCAUUUAGUUUGGAGGAAAUGCCACGUUUGUCAGAGGGAAGGACUCUGGGAAGGUUUGGGUCUUCAAAGGAUCUCCUCCUUCAUUGUAACGCUGUUCAUGAUCUUUUCUUCCGUUCUUUUGUGACCAGUAUCUUCACUAGUUUUCAAUCUGGACACCAGAUGAAUGUAAGAGAUGUCCAGUCAGCUGUCGACACUUGUGAAGAAAACUUCCUGGAAAUUGACAUCACAGAAUUUAUUCGUACUCUUUGUGGGCAUUUUGUGCGCAACACUGAGUCUCCUAAAUCUUCUGACACUGUAAGAGGACCAUCAUCCCUGCUGCUUUGCCACAAAACUCAGUCUCCUAUCUUCCAAAGGCAAAACUUCCAAGAGUUUGGAACUUUGGCUUUUCUGAAGUCAUAUUUGAAUAAUAAUUGUGAGUCCAGUACAGGUCUUCAUCAGUCAGUUAAAGAGAGAUUCAUGGGUAUAUUAGGAAGAUAUUUUAAGAUGAUACCAAACUAUGGAGAUUUGUUCUUCUAUUGUCCACAAAUCACAACCAACCAUGGAAAGCCUUCCAGUUGUAGCUUUGAACCAGAAGAAGACCAAGAAGACAUUGAAGAUCAUGACAAAGGUGAUGAAGAAGAAGAAGUGUUUGGAGAGACUGUUGUGUUGAUCCAUGACGAUGAAGAAGACUACGGCCCUCUCUCAAGUGACUCUGAUGAGUCUGAUUAUGGAGGUUCUGAAGGAGAGAGUGAUUUUGGUGAUGCUGAAGAUGAUGAUAAAAGUUUGAGUACUCCGUUAUUCCUGCAGUUAACAUGCUCACUAAGAGACAGAAGUACCAUUGGUGGUGGGACAAUGACUCCUGUACCUAUAGACUCUUUACCUGUUUGUAUUGGUGAAAUAGUACGUCGUAUGGAAGAAGCUGAGGAAUCCUUUGACCUCUUCAGCCCUUCUCUUCAAAUAACCAUUGAUCUGAACUGUCUCACGCUCUCUCCAGUACCAGACUACUCAACCCUGAAGUCCAGUGUCAAUCACCCAACAUUUUCAACAUCAUUUUCUGGUUCUUGUGGAGAAUCGCCAAUUUCACUUUCUCCACAAGAAAAGUUUGAGUUCAAGAGACUAGAUUCCAAAACAGUUACCUCUCAUGAUAUUGAUGGUCUAAGUGGUCCAGAUCCAUUCCGCAGUCUUCCUCACCAACAGAGACUGGCCAUGAAUACCAUAUCUGAGAAUGUUCAGUGGUUAUUACAAGAUGAAGUGGUGUCAGAGUUACGCCACACAGGGCCAUAUACUACAGCAACAUUGGAUAAGGUUGAAAGGCAUGUGCAGAAAUCAGAAGGCCAUCCAAUGUGUAUAUACAGAAACAUUUCACUGCAGUUUGUCUUUGGUGCUGAACAAAGCAUGGAGCUCUUUAUGAAAGAGUUUGAAGAGAUGAACUCAUUGGAUUACAAACUGAAUAAAGUAGAGGACUACUACUAUCUUACUUCUCUUAAUGAACAUGAUGAAAAUGAAGAGCCAAAUAGAAAUCAAGCUAAAGAUAACUUGGAAGAAACUUCACAGGAAAAUGUACUUGGAGGAAACUCUCCAAAGGAAUCUUCACCACAAACACAAGAUUCUCCUUCAGCUGGGAAUACUUUUAUUGCUGUUCAGCAGUCUCCUGGAAAGAAUAUGGAAACAGGAAGCCCACUACCAGGUGAGGAUGACCAAGAAAUAUCAGACAUUUUAGGUGAUAAAGGCCAGACAGAUGCAUCCGACGUGGAUAACAAAAGCAAAAUUGAUGUACAGACUGAGUGUGGAGAUCCUGUUAGAAAGGUAGACAGCGUAUGCACAGAAGAAUCUGAAAUGUCUGUAGAUGAUGAAGAGAAGUCGCCAGAGAAGUGUGUGGAAGUUAAAUCAGACAAUAGUGGUGAUGGAUCACAACUCAAAGAUCUGAAAGAGACAGAAACCUAUAGCAAUGAAGAACACUCCAGAAGUGAAAAACCCCACAUAGGUGGAGAACCCUCCAAAAAGAGAGAUCUCCAGGUGGGUGGAGAACCCUCCAAAAAUGAAGAAAAUCUAAAAGAGGAAGGACAACAGAGGGAAAAUACAGAAGAAUCUACACAGACCAGUGAGGUUAACAUAGAUGAAGUACCCAUAGCCUCCAAUGAAUCAUCAGUUGAUAUAUCAGUCCCUUUGAGUGUGAUCACUUCAGGAGCACCAUUAUGUUGUUGUGAUGAUGUCUCAACUCCUGUUGGAGAAUUUGAUUUCUCUUCCCCUGUAGAAGCUGCCUCAACUCCAAUACACUUACCAGAUAGGGACGAAUGCUUCCCAACCAACAAUCAACAAGUAACAAGUCUUAUUUCAGCAAGUCAUAAUUCUGAAGCCCUUGAAAUGAUUUCACUCAUUGAUGCAGCAAAGGAGGAUGGCUGUAAAGAUGGAGAGAAGCAAAGAAGUCUUUCAAGCAGUAAAAAGUCAAGUCCUAAAGAGCAUAAACUCCAGUUCUGGCUUGUUCUGAGGCUGUGUAAUAAUUGUGUGGACAUAUUUUUUCAUCUACGGCACAGUGAAGAUUCCCACAUGUCUCCAACUAUGGCUGGUGGUCUAAUAGAAAUUGUAGUGAAUGCCAUCCAUGAAAACUGUAGAGCUGUCAAUCAGAGGAUGCUUCUACAAGAUCUUUAUGACACCAAGAUGUGUAACUCACUCCUCUUUCCAGAGGCAGAUGAGGAUAUCUGGAAACACGAAGACCUCAGAAUGUCAGUGUCCCCUGUUGGAGUUUACAUCAGUAAAAGUGAUGGCAGUGGUUACCUUGGUCGUUAUGUCCAGGGCGAAUACAUCUACCAGCCAGGUCAUUUCCAGUGUUCCAGCAAGUGGUUUGAUCAUCUGAUAUUUCACCCUCGUCUCCAGGAUCCCUCAGGAAACACUAGCAACUCUCUUGGACAUAAGAUCAUUAGAAGUGUUCUUGAUCGGUUUGCUGUCAAGAAUAGAAGAGACAUGUUUGUUUAUAAGGAAAGCAGUGGAAAAAUAUUUUAUUUUAGGUUGUUGGAGUCCCUGUGUGUCCUUGCAGACCAGCCCCAGUUUCUUCAUGAAAAUCCUUCCCAGGACCUUGCAGAAGAGCUAGACACACAAUCUCACAAUGAUGCAAUGUCAAACUUGUCUCAAAAGGGCUCACAGCUAUCACUGUCUCAGAUAUCUCUACCUAGAGAACCAGAACCUGAUGAUGACCUGAGUGAACCUACAAGAUCAAAUAUCAAAAGGACUUAUUCUCAGUCAUUGCCUUAUGACAAAGUGAAACAAAGUCUUGCCUUCAAUGUGUAUGGUGUCGAUGAUCCUGGGACAGAGAUAACUGUUGACUUACUUGAAGUUCUUAUUAACCGUCUUGAUGAUGCAACGCUUGAUGCUCUCACUUUUACACUGUCACGAAAUCCUAACAGCAAACUAAAUUAUUCUGAUGUCAUGUUUAUUCAGCCUAUCGAUGGUGCUCCAUCUGACAAACUAUCUCUUGUUAUUCCACCAAUUGAGAUUGGUUACCUAUAUCCACUAUUUUAUUACUUAAAACAAAACCUGCUACAAAUCUUCACUGUACCCAGAUAUGCUGAAGCAAACCCAAGGCAGCACUUUAGGGAUCCUCAUGCAACACCAAAUGACCAAUCAACAGAGAUUUUUAUCUACAACAGACCACACUCCUCUGGUGCUAAAUGUGUGGCUUGUAUUUCAAUGAGAUUUCUAGACUCUCAAAGAGAACAGAUUCAGUUCGAGGUGGCUAGAGUACCAUCCAUUAAUGUUGAGCACCUGGAUCGAAACUUUUACGAAGACAUGACAGAAGUUCAAACAUUAUCUGAUGACAUGGUGUUGGAAGACAACUACAUCAUUGAGUUCUCUAUCUGGAAGCGAGGCAGCAUAGGUCAAGAACAACUAUCCAGUCAACUAAAGUGUAUUACCCAGCAUGCUUUAUGUGAUCUCUUAAUGGAAUAUCUGCUUCUUCCUGCUCCCCUGUCCUCCAUCCCUGAGGAAUAUUUUGUCACACAGACCUUUAAACUGCGAUCAUUGUCGGCACCCCCUACCCCAUCAGAUGUUUCGCCCAGAAGCAGUAAACUUGGUGUCAAAUUGGAAACUUUGAAGGAUGAGAAGAGUGAGGCGUCUACUGGCCAAAGUGAUGGCAAGACAAAAAUUUCAAGGAAGAUAUCAAAUGACAGCACUAAGAGUGCACCAUGUCACCAUAGAACUCCAUCAACAGACAGUCAGGGAAUGGAAUUCAAAUCGUUCCAUGAAAAGCAGUCAUCAAAAGGACACCGGAGAUCCAAGUCAGCUGAUAUACGUGACAAGUUGUUCAAGAGCAAGAAAAGUCCAACAACAAGUAAGGAACCAUCUCUGGUAAAGUCAGAAAAAGACGAUACGCAAGAAACAAAUCAGAAACUUGGAUUUGAAGUGAUGCCAAAGUCUUCCCCCAUCAACAUUACCAAUGAUGAAUCUGUUGCUAAGGAUACUACCAUCAAACAUAGUGCUGCUAUGGAAACUGUUGCUAAGGAUGCAACACCCACUGAUGUUGUUGGUAUGGAUAAUAAUGUUUCAAGUGAAAAUGCAGAAUUGGCAAUUGAAGGUUCAUGUGAGAAAAAUGUUGAGGAGAAUCAACAGUCAAACGCUGAAAUGCAUGAUGAAGACAGCCAUCAUCAUGUGGAGGCACCACGGGAUUCUGUCUGUAAUGACUCACAACUUAAAUUAGAGGAAACAUAUGACACAUUUAGCCAGCAAGAGAUUCGUGAAUCACAAGAGUAUGCUACUCCACCCACCAACGACAGCAGUCACCCAUUAAAUACAAUGAAUGUGGACCCUACACAAUAUAGCUCAAGCCUGCAGUAUCCUCCAACUAAUGCUCUUUUAACUGUGAAAAAGGAUGAAACUUGGCAGGACUUGGAAUUGAGGAGAAGAAGGAUCAAAGAUAGAAUGACGAAAAGAAUCCAGUAUGAAAGUGGAGAGAAAGGAGAGCUUCAUCCAAAUUUUCACGAACCAGGACGAGAACUGUUCUUAUUUGCUCACCGGCUUGGUGCACCAUCCAUUUACUUCAUGGAGGGAAAGCUUCUCUCUCGUUUUGCAGUAGAUUUCAUGUUAUCUGAAUUAACAAAUCUUAUGGCAAACAUGUGUCCUGAAAUGGUCCCAAGAUUUUAUAGACAAGCACCUGAUGAUCACCAUGACAACACCUGUCACCAUGACGAUAGUGAGAGUAAAGAACACAGGUGUUCAUGUCCUCAUUACAAGCCAGGAAGAGAAGCUCUUAAGGCACAGGGAGAGAAUGAGUCAUCAGUGGACAUGACUGGUCGUGUGUUUAUACGUACACCUGGUUCUCCUUGUUUCUUUGUUCUAAUUGCACGGGACUACAAUCAAUGGAAAUCAUGUUUAGGAAUGGAAAGUGAACACAUAUCAGAUGAAAGUACAACAAGAGCGUUUUCUAGUCGGCAGAGAUUCAAAGCCUUGGAAUCACCUGUUGUGACAGCAAGAAGCCAAGACAGCUCAUCUCUCUGUAGUACUUCAACAUGUACUAUACCAAGACAGAAGCUCAUUCUGUUAACUUUCAUUGACAAAAAGAUAAUUUUAUACACAUACAACCUGGCUACAGAUGUCAAUCAGUCACUGGAAGACCAAAUCCAGCGUUUGAUCCACUGGAACAAUGCGCGCUGUCAUUUAACCAGUUGCCUAGUAACCCAGAAGAUGGGUUUGUUUCAUCAUCUACAAUUUGCUCAAAUCAACCAAGGUAAAAAAGACGACAAUCCAUACUCCAUGCCGACCAGUGACAUAGAUGUCUUUGCAUUGAUAAGCAAGGCAACUCCAUUGGAUCGAGAACGAGGUUUCUCUCGGUCGUUAUCUGCUUCUUACCUAACGGUAUUUGAUCAAGUCCUCCGUGAAGUCACUCCCUCCAGGUCCCUUCAGCGAACUCCAUAUCUUCACCACAGGGACCCUGUCAAGCGACAAGGCUAUCAUUUCAGAGAAAUUCGUGCUGCACAAAUUAAGAAGAAUACCAUCCAGGCUGCAUUGAAUGAUUUGUAUGUCAAAUGGCAGCAAGCUCCACCCCACCACCCUGUAGGAGAUGAUAAAGUUGAGAUUCUCAAACGUUCAUCUCGUCUUGUCCAUUACUGUGCAUGUCCACUGCUUUUUCAUCCUGAUUGGAGAGAAAAAUUAUCAGACAAUAGUCAACAAAGUACACAACAAAGCAACAAAGGUCCUCAUGACACUGCAUCGGAAACUCCUACAAGACCACAAAAAACUCUGGAUUCCACCAUCUCUGAAUCUAGAAAUUCUAAAGAGAAAUCCUCAUCUUUGCUAGAGGCUGAAGAUGAAUGGCAUAAGAACCUAAGAAGUGCAUUUAUUCAGCAGUACAUACAGUACAUGCAAUCUCUACAGUUUGUUGUUGUGCAGACAAGACCACAGUCACCAAAACCUGUCAAAGGUUCAAAACGUCUUUCCCGACGAACGGGGGCCAACAAAAUGAAAGGAGAACAACUUGAAAGCAUGAAACAACUACUGUCCAGGACCAACUCGGAUCAAACUCGUUUUCACCAGUACUUACAGAAGACAACUCCUGGAGGGAUCAUGUUGAUGGAACUUUUAUUCCAGGGUUUGUACUUCUAUGUACGUCUCUAUGCCAUUGACUGCUCUCGCAUUCCAUCAGGAUAUGACACCAGUCAACAUGAGAGUCGCAUGUUUCUGGAGGACUGUUCUCACUACAAGGACUACAUUCAUCUUCUUUCGUUCACCUAUGACUUUCAUCUUCGUCAAGCACAGUCCUACUUAAGUGGUCGUCAAAUGAUAUUCAAUAAAGGCUAUCGAGUUACUGAUCUUUUAGGUGAAGUGCUCAGGAAACACCCCGAGUACCCAGGUUUUGCUAGGAAUCACAUUUGUAAAGGUGAGAUCGCCGUGCCGUGUGAUCCUGUCAUCUCAUCAAUAAACGUAUUCAAAUACAUCGUAAAGCAUUCCAGUCAGUAUGACUUCAGCACCAUUAAAGUCAACAAGAUCAAUGAUGGAGACACAAGUUUUAUCCUGCUUGGAACAGACCAGGUCUUGUUUCCAUCGAAAGACUCGCAUUAUUACAGUAAUCUACGGGAUAACGCUGAAUAUGACAUCACAAUGGUUGUCACUCUUAAAAAUGCUUUUGAGGGAAGUGUAAUUCAUCUUGAAUACUUCAUUUUGAUGACAAGUAGACGUGAGUUGUUUCCAAAGCUGUCUUUAAGAGUUCCUACAAAUCCAUCGCUAGGUUCGCAUGGGGAAAAUGGUGAAAGAAGAGGAAGUUUGGAGGUCAAAAGUCCUCGUGUGCGCUUUGCUCGUUCUGUUCCUGACACAUCACCGCAACAAACCAAGUAUUCACCAGAACGAAAAUCAAAGACAAACUUAACAACAAGGGAUGCGCAGUCAUUCCAUCGAUCAGCAUCCUCGCCCCAUUCCUUAAACAAGAUGGUCCAAGAAAUUACAAAAUCAUCAAUUACCCAGUCCCACUCGGAUGAAAAUAUACCAGAGUCUAAAAAGAGACUGGGAACAAGCCCCCAUUCAUAUUCCUCGGGUGCCAUAAGUACAAUGGAUGGACGUUCUACUCGUGAAGUCGCUCUUCUUAAUGAGUCAUCUCAAAGAGCCCAUGAUCAUUUGGUACUUGUCAUAUGUCGUGCCCAGACCCACAGCAAGCGUGACAUGCUGUGGUUUAGGUUGCUAGCUGAGGGGACUAGUGAUGAGGAAAAGGAAGCAAAGAAGAGGAGGAAAAGUGAAUUUAGAAGGCCUGUUCCAGAUCUGGCUGCAAACUGGAGCUCGGGGAUUGAGGUAGAAGAACUUUACAGAGACAUUGGAAGUGAGGCCACAACCUCCAGAGGGCUGUCAUUGGAUGAGUUGAAGCUCCUGCUGUCAACAGUUGUUUGUAAAUCACUGAGAAACUGUGAUAAAAACCUUGUUCCUUUGCUCUCUAUGAACAUAAGUUGGUAUCACAGCCUAUUGAGGGUGUUAAUGGCCAAGUUCUCCAUGUUAUACCGUAUGUUUUCAUCAACUGGUGAAGAUGCAGAGGCUCAUUACCUUGUCCUGUUGAAUCCCAACGAGCUCGACAUGUUUGUUCUUGUCAUUGUUGACACCAAAGAUAACAAAACGGUAACGGACAUCCAAGUUGUAUUCCGAGAUGAAGCCAAAGCUAGUGGUGAUGUCACUGAGGACCUACGUCAUUUUGAUAAACCAAUAAGAGAUCACAUAUACAGCGUACUAAAUGCCGCCUGCUUUCACAUGUGGACAGCACUUCUCCCAUCAUAGAUGCAAGUCACUAGAUUUACCAGGAUAAUUCCAGGCAAUUCCAGAUAACAAUUCAUUUGUUAAAAAUCACCAAGACAAUGAAAAGGUGUAAUCUUCCUCACUUUGACAGCAUAGAUGGUAACAAGAAAGUAGCUAUAGUAUGGUGUUCCUGGCAUGUUAAAAUGUAAUUCCUGGUAAUUCCAUGAAUUUAGACCUCCACAAGAAAAAGGGAGAAUAAUUAAUAACCUUGAUAAAUAAGGAUUUAUAUGAAUCAAGAGUUGAAAAAUUUGUAUUAAUUGUAUAUUUUUGAGGUGAACUAAUGUCGUUUAUAUCGGCUUCCAUAAGAUGUGUUUGACAUUUUGUAAUAUUUGAAAUAAAAUAUGAAGGAUAAAAUGAAAUAUCAAAUUUAUUUCAUUUAAUGAAAUAAUCAUUGAGAAAAAUCAUUGUGUGAGGAAUAUUGUAUUUGAGCAUUUGGCUUUAGUCUACUAUGAAUGUAACAU